CAGUCCUCCCGUCUUGCGCCGCGGUCGCGAGAUCCGCGUUUCUCCCAAGAUGGUGGCGCUGGGCUCGGGGUGACUACAGGAGACGACAGGGCCUUUUACCCAUCGCCAGGAUCCCGACGCAUCACACUUCGCUCGCUCACGCACCCUGCCAUCGCUUAGUUAUCUGCCGACCCGGGCGCCUGCCACCCGCUCCGACUUACGCUUCACCUCUACCGACCCCGGUCGCGGGCAGCGGCGCCACCCUCAGCUCCUCCUCUCAGUAGCUCGCGGCCUGUAGCCCCUGCCAGGAGGGCCUCGCAGCCCCCCAGUGUGGACAGACAGCGGCGGCUAGCGACGAGUGCCGGGUUUUCGGCGGCCUAAGUGCCCCGUUUCCCGGCCUCGGUUUCCAGAGAAGGAAGCGCGGGUCCCGCAUGAGCCCCGGCGGUGGCGGCAGCGAAAGGGAACGAGGCGGUGGCGGGCGGAGGCGGUGGGCGAGGGCGACGACGACCAGUGAAGCGGCCGCAGCUGCGAGGGCCGCAGCCCAGGCGCGGGGGCGACGACAGAUCACCAGGAGAACCUCAGUCUGACAACAUUGAAGCUAGCCGAAUGAAGCGAGCAGCUGCAAAGCAUCUAAUAGAACGCUACUACCACCAGUUAACUGAGGGCUGUGGAAAUGAGGCCUGCACGAAUGAGUUUUGUGCUUCCUGUCCAACUUUUCUCCGUAUGGAUAACAAUGCAGCAGCUAUUAAAGCCCUCGAGCUUUAUAAGAUUAACGCAAAACUCUGUGAUCCUCAUCCCUCCAAGAAAGGAGCAAGCUCAGCUUACCUUGAGAACUCGAAAGGUGCCCCUAACAACUCUGAGAUAAAAAUGAACAAGAAGGAAGGAAAAGGAGCUAGGAUUGAUUUUAAAGAUGUGACUUACCUAACCGAAGAAAUAGUGUAUGAAAUUCUUGAAUUAUGUAGAGAGAGAGAGGAUUAUUCCCCUUUAAUCCGUGUCAUUGGAAGAGUUUUCUCUAGUGCUGAGGCAUUGGUACAAAGCUUUCGGAAAAUGAAACAGCACACCAAGGAAGAACUGAAAUCUCUUCAAGGAAAGGAUGAAGACAAAGAUGAAGAUGAAAAAGAAAAAGCUGCAUGCUCUGCUGCUGCUAUGGAAGAAGAUUCAGAAGCAUCUUCCUCAAGAAUAGGCGAUAGCUCACAGGGAGACAAUAAUUUACAAAAAUUAGGCCCGGAUGAUGUGUCUGUGGAUAUUGAUGCUAUUCGAAGAGUCUAUACCAGAUUGCUCUCUAAUGAAAAAAUAGAAACUGCCUUUCUCAAUGCACUUGUGUAUUUGUCACCUAAUGUAGAAUGUGACUUGACAUAUCAUAACGUGUACUCCCGAGAUCCUAAUUAUCUGAAUUUGUUCAUUAUUGUAAUGGAGAAUAGAAAUCUCCACAGUCCUGAAUAUCUGGAAAUGGCAUUGCCAUUAUUUUGCAAAGCAAUGAGCAAGCUACCCCUUGCAGCCCAAGGGAAACUGAUUAGACUAUGGUCUAAAUACAGUGCAGAUCAGAUUCGGAGAAUGAUGGAAACAUUUCAGCAACUUAUUACUUACAAAGUCAUAAGCAAUGAAUUUAACAGUCGAAAUCUAGUAAAUGAUGAUGAUGCCAUUGUUGCUGCUUCAAAGUGCUUGAAAAUGGUUUACUAUGCAAAUGUAGUGGGAGGAGAAGUGGACACAAAUCAUAAUGAAGAAGAUGAUGAAGAGCCCAUCCCUGAGUCUAGUGAAUUGACACUUCAGGAGCUUUUGGGAGAGGAAAGAAGAAACAAGAAAGGUCCUCGAGUGGACCCAUUGGAAACUGAACUUGGUGUUAAAACUCUGGAUUGUCGAAAACCACUUAUCUCUUUUGAAGAGUUCAUUAAUGAACCACUGAAUGAUGUUCUGGAAAUGGAUAAAGAUUAUACUUUUUUCAAAGUAGAAACAGAGAACAAGUUCUCUUUUAUGACAUGUCCCUUUAUAUUGAAUGCUGUCACAAAGAAUUUGGGAUUAUAUUAUGACAAUAGAAUUCGCAUGUACAGUGAACGAAGAAUCACUGUUCUCUACAGCCUAGUUCAAGGACAGCAGUUGAAUCCAUAUUUGAGACUGAAAGUCAGACGUGACCAUAUCAUAGAUGAUGCACUUGUUCGGCUAGAAAUGAUUGCUAUGGAAAAUCCUGCAGACUUGAAGAAACAGUUGUAUGUGGAAUUUGAAGGAGAACAAGGAGUUGAUGAGGGUGGUGUUUCCAAAGAAUUUUUUCAGCUGGUUGUGGAGGAAAUCUUCAAUCCAGAUAUUGGUAUGUUCACAUAUGAUGAAUCUACAAAAUUAUUUUGGUUUAAUCCAUCCUCUUUUGAAACUGAGGGUCAGUUUACUCUGAUUGGCAUUGUACUGGGUCUGGCUAUUUAUAACAACUGUAUCCUGGAUGUCCAUUUUCCCAUGGUUGUCUACAGGAAGCUAAUGGGGAAGAAAGGAACUUUUCGUGACUUGGGAGACUCUCACCCAGUUCUAUAUCAGAGUUUAAAAGACUUACUAGAAUAUGAAGGAAAUGUGGAAGAUGAUAUGAUGAUCACUUUCCAGAUAUCACAAACAGAUCUUUUUGGUAACCCAAUGAUGUAUGAUCUAAAAGAAAAUGGUGAUAAAAUUCCAAUUACAAAUGAAAACAGGAAGGAAUUUGUCAAUCUCUAUUCUGACUACAUUCUCAACAAAUCAGUAGAAAAACAGUUCAAGGCUUUUCGCAGAGGUUUUCAUAUGGUGACCAAUGAAUCUCCCUUAAAGUAUUUAUUCAGACCAGAAGAAAUUGAAUUGCUCAUAUGUGGAAGCCGGAAUCUAGAUUUCCAAGCACUAGAAGAAACUACAGAAUAUGAUGGUGGCUAUACCAGGGACUCUGUUCUGAUUAGGGAGUUCUGGGAAAUCGUUCAUUCAUUUACAGAUGAACAGAAAAGACUCUUCUUGCAAUUUACCACGGGCACAGACAGAGCACCUGUGGGAGGACUAGGAAAAUUAAAGAUGAUUAUAGCCAAAAAUGGCCCAGACACAGAAAGGUUACCUACAUCUCAUACUUGCUUUAAUGUCCUUUUACUUCCGGAAUAUUCAAGCAAAGAAAAACUUAAAGAGAGAUUGUUGAAGGCCAUCACGUAUGCCAAAGGAUUUGGCAUGCUGUAAAACAAAAUAAAAACAAAAAAAAAAGGAAGGAAGAAAAAAAUGAAAAAAAAGAAAAAAAUUUUAAUAAAUAUAAUGAGGGAUAAAUUUGGUGGUGAUAGUGUCCCGGUACAAAAAGGCUGUAAGAUAGUGAACCACAGUAGUCAUCUAUGUCUGUGCCUCCCUUCUUUAUUGGGGACAUGUGGGCUGGAACAGCAGAUUUCAGCUACAUAUAUGAACAAAUCCUUUAUUAUUAUUAUAAUUAUUUUUUUGCGUGAAAGUGUUACAUAUUCUUUCACUUGUAUGUACAGAGAGGUUUUUCUGAAUAUUUAUUUUAAGGGUUAAAUCACUUUUGCUUGUGUUUAUUACUGCUUGAGGUUGAGCCUUUUUUGAGUAUUUAAAAUAUAUAUACCAACAAAACUACUCCCCCAAGGAAAACAUUGCCACCAUUUGUAGACCAUGUAACCUUCAAGUAUGUGCUCUUUUUUGUCCCUGUAUCUAACUCAAAUCAGGAACUGUAUUUUUUCUUUUUUAAACGAUUUGCUUUUUAAACUUGAAGUCUUGGAAACAGUGUGAUGCAAGUACUGCUGUUCUAGCCCCCAAAGAGUUUUCUGUGCAAAAUCCUGGGAAUCAAUAAAGACAGAAGGGAGAACUCGUAAUGUUUUAACUGCAGCCCUCAGAACUUGACUUUAGUAACAGCACAACAAAUUAAAAACAACUCAUGCCACAGUAUGUUGUCUUCACGUGUCUUGCAAUGAAUUGUUUAAGUAGCCAAUCCUCUUUCUUAGUAUAUGAAAGGACAGGGAUUUUUUUUUGUUGUUGUUGUUGUUGUUGUUGUUUUAAGUUUACUGGGGAAAGUGCAUUUGGCCAAAUGAUAUGGUAGUCAGUUAGUAAGUUUGUUUUAUUAUAAACGAAAGCAUGUGAAAGUGCACUUAAAAUAAACUUUUUAUUAAUUAUUACCUAGAUUUUAAAUAGACAAUCCAAAGUUUCCCCUUCAUGUUGCCAUCAUUUUGUUUAAUCAGCUAUUUUAUCAAGGCACACGAUCAGUGUUGCAGCAUAAUGGAAAGGAUGGCUGCUGUGCCUUGUGUUGCUUAGUCAUAUAGUAAGAAGGCCUGGAAAUGAAUGGAAAUAUUACUCCUAAGAAUUACAUUGUAUAUCCCCAAAGAUUAAAUUUUACUUUAAAAAGUAAGCGUUAAAGAUUAAUUUCAUGUACUACAGAAAAGUACAGGUAGGUUUAAGUUUCUGGAUAUUUAAUGUAGUAGUUUCCCUUUUCCUAGUAUUCUGCGUCUGUGAUGUUAAUUUCUUUUAUUACAUUAUAAAAUAAAAGGAUUAUGUAUUUUUAACUAAGGAGAGACAUAUCGAUAUAUCAUUUUACUGCAAGUUACAGCUAAUUUGCUGAGCUUGUGCCUUGAUGAUUGUUUUAACUGAUUACUGGAGAUCAACCUGAUGAUUUGCUUGAAAUUGGCAGGAAAAAUACCGCUUUCAAAUCAUUGGAGGGGAAAAAGGAUGUCUUUCAGGAUUAUUUUAAUUCUUUUAGUAAUUGAGACAGAAUUGUUAUGUAUUGUAAUGCUAAAUAAAACAGUGGCAUUUUUCACCAUAGUUUAGUGGAAAAAAGAAAAUGCUUUCCAUAUUGUGAUAAGGUAACAUGGGGUUCUUCUGGGCCAGCUUAUGAGUACCCUGUUAAGGUAUUUAUUUGUACAUUACCUUGAUGCAAGGGACCCUCAUGUGACUAUAGUCAUUUUAAAGGCCCUCUCAUCCACUGUGCUUCUUAUGUAUUGUGAAAGUGAGGAGAAAUUAAAUGCUUUGGGGACAUUUUAUAUAAUAAAUUCAUGAAGAAAUUUGUGCUCUUUAGUUCUCAAGUUUUAUUAUCACAACAGUAUUGAACUUCUACAAUUGUAAUAGCACGUCUAUAUGAAAAGUUUUAAAAUGAUAAUCAUAUAUAGGUUAUCAGAUUCAUAAUUCACAUCACAUAGACUUAACAAGGAGUCAAAAACCAACCUAUCCUUAAAAAAUUUUUAAGAAAAAAAAUGAUUGUAGAAAUUAACUGCCCUUAUUACUUAGUAAUUAAUUAUUCUGUGCAUAUUAUCACUUCUGUUAUUUCCUUUUCACUAUUGAUUAUUAGAAUAUCACUGAACAAUAUGUUAAGAAAGAGGAAAACAAUAUAAACUUUUAGUGUAAAAGCUACUCCCUACACCCCAGAUGUUAAAUUAUUAUAAAAGUACUUUUCUUUGAAUUGGCCCCCAAUCUCCAGGAUGCUCUUGGGUGUGUUAAAUUGUAAACUAGUUGGUUUUUAAAAUAAAAUGCAAACUUCUUUUACCUUUUAGUAUUAUUGUAGAAUAUUUCAAACAUAAAGCAUGAAAACACAGCCUUCAGCCAGACUUUUGUGGAGUCUGGAAGUUCCAGCAAAUGAAAUGGGUAUCCUGACCCUGUAUACUACAUUCCUGGGCUGUGGUUAAUUGUUUGAUGAAAUCCAGUUACAGUUUCUUUAACUUUAGUUUGGGAUAUAUGAGUAUAGAGGGAGAUACAUACCAAAAAGAAACUUGAAAUUGAGGCUUUAAAUAAACAAAAUUUGCUACAAGUGGUUGUUAUGGGCAACAUCACUUCCUUUUCCCACAGGAACUUGGCUGUGUUGAGAUUCUAAACCCGUUUUAAGGAUCUUCCCAAGAAUCUAUACAAACUGUCAGAGGAAGAAGUGUCUCCCCAAAACUAUUCUUUCUGUUAUCUUGAUCCCCCUUUAACUGCUUACCUCAAAAAUAUUUUUCUGUCCUUCCAUCAACCUCUAAGACUCUCUGUACUUUUCCCACCCCUCCCUAAGGGCACCAAAGAAUAAAAAUACACAACUUUCACUGGUUCCUUUUCUUGUCUUGCAUCAUUUUAUCCACAGUGUUAAGUGUGUAAGAAUUGUCUGGGGAGGGUGGGGUUUAUAAGUAUAGAAAGUUUCAAGCCUUUUCUCCUUUCCCUAUUCCAAGAUGGUGGAUUGAUACUUGUAGCAAUCACUGCAAGAAGAUUCUGAUGAAUAUAUGGGCUGGAUUUAAUUAUGAGAAAGACUUAAUCCAGUGCUGUUUCAUGAAAAUGCACUGCUCAAGGAUAUUCAUAACUUAAUUGCCAAAAUCAAGAACUCUUAUCUUUAAACACUGGCAACACCCUGUACUUGAGCUGCUGCUUCUCUAACUGCAGCAUGAGUUGCAGUUCCAUAGCAACUUAUCCAAAUCUUGAGUUCUUAUCUGAACCUUUUCCAUUCUCUUUGGUCAGCCUCAGCCCUUCCUAAAGAUUCUUCUCUACUUCCCUGUCUUCUGCUCAGACUUCUAGCUCUAGGUUAUAUUUUUGGUGUUCAAAGUCAGUAUGCCUAAAAAUGAAACUCUUAAAUUAGCAUCUCUUCCAGCCACUUUCUGUUGCUUUCUUAAAAGUGUCACCUUUGUACAAGUCAUCAAAAUUUCUCAUUGUUAUUCAAUUAGGCUUCCUUUCAGGCCUUGCUCCUCUAACCCUCGAUGUUCUUAUUUCCUUCCUAACUUAUCUACCUGACUCUAACUUCUUAUUGUAAACCUUUUCUUUCUGCCAAUACCCUCCACCCAGAAACCUGUUCUCCUUUGAAUAAGGUCAGGCAUCCUCUGAUCUCCACAGACUGAACCCAACCUACCUUUUCAGUUCUUCUAUUACAGGCACCUCUCUCCACAUGCACAUUUCCUACACAGCAUCUUCACUUGUCAUAGACCUAAUGAUUUUAUAUUUCUCAAAUAUCCUUCAAAACCAAAUUUUAAAAGCAUCUUGUCCAUAAAGACUUUAUUGAUUACCCCCUGCCCCGCCCGCCCAAGUGCCUGAGUAACCUCAUAGCAGCCCACACAUCUCACAGCACAGCAUGGUGGAGUAUUAUUUGAACAGCGAGGAGUUAUAAUUGUUAAAGGAGUGUUUCAGGCUAAUCUUGAUACGAUCCUUUCCAUGUUUUAGCUUUGUUUCUGAAGCUUCUGUUAACUGUUAACUUGGAAUAUAAAUAAAUUCCUGGUGAGGACUGUCUAUUUAAUAAAGUCUUUGUCUUUCACAUAUAGUAGGUGCUUACUUUGUUAAAGACUUGAAUCCAUCUUUCCACCAUCUUGACAAAACUUUUUAUUUAAAACAUUUAAAAUAUUUUAAUAUUUAGUGGUUAAAGAUUUGUUCCCCAGUGAGGAGGCUCCUUGAAAUUAUUGGCUCUGUCAUUUUGGCCCAUGGAAAGGAAGAUAAAGAGGAGGUAUGAAAAUGCCCUUAAAAGCAAGAUUUUUGUGUAACAUUUCCCAUCUUCCGGUAUACUGGCAACUAGAAGCUUCUGCAGCUACCCUCUCUGUAUCCACAUUCAUCCCUUCUCUCUCAGUGGAAAUAGAGGCUGACAGUCAUCUUACACCAUUGUGCUAUUGCCAGCCACUCAUGCUUAUCAAGGAGCGAUUCUCAGAUCCUCAACCUCUCAGCCAAACACUGCUCUCUAUACUAAAUGAAGCAUUCACCAUGGUGAGUGCCUUUUGUAUGAGAGUCAUAUUUAGCAUUUUCUUACACUCAUCUAAGUUGAAUUCCUUUAGAUUAUGGAGGGAGUUAACUUCUAGUGCACAGUCUUGUAUAUAUGAUCUUUCAUUUCACCUGCCCAAAGCCCUACACCCAGUAAAUAGAGAAACAGGGCCUGGGCCAACAUGAAUUUAAAAUCUGUCAUUUUCUCAUUGACAAAAAUUAAACAUCAAAUCAAGAUGCUUAGACAACUGAGCAGUACCUGGGAUAAUUAUUUUAAUUACCUUCUCACCCUAGGAAACCAUACAAAGUGGGAUUGGAUGUAUCCGGGAAACAAUACACAGUGGUUGAGGGAGCAGCCUUCAGAGUUAGAUGACUCUGGUUUUCGGUCCUGGCCCUGCCAUUCCCUUGGCUUGGAUUAUACCCAAUCCUACCUUAUCACUGAUUGUCAGGAUUCAAUGAAAUUGAGAUAUAUAUUGCUAGUUAACAUCUUGCAAGACAUCCUGAGAGACAGAUGGGUUCUCCCAAUGUUUGCCAGAAAAUAAGAGAAAGGGAAGUCUUAAGUGAGAGGUUGGAAAUGUUUGUAAUAAAAAUUUGUUGAGCAAGAAUUGACCUUCCCUCAUCCAUCUGAAAAAUGGAAGAGGAGUGCUUUUCCUCAUCAAUGUUUAAGAUAUAAUUCAUACACCGUAAAAUUCACCCUUUUCAAAUUGUAAAAUAUGUGGUUCUUAGUAUAUUCACAGAAUUGUGCAAUUGUCAUCAUUAUAUAAUUCCAGAGCAUUUUCAUCACUGUUCUUAAUCCCCAGCCCCUGGCAACCACUAAUCUACUUUCUGCCUAUGGAUUUGCCUGUUGUGGACAUUUCAUAUCAAUGGAAUUAUACAAUAUGUGGCCUUUGUGUCUUUUUUUUUCUUCCUCCCGCUUGGAGUAAUGUUUUCAGAGUGCAUCCAUGUUGUAGCAUGUUUAUCAGUACCUUGUUUCUUUUUGUGGCUGAAUAAUGUCAUUGUAUUGAUAUACUGUAUUUUUUGUUUAUCUACUCAGUUGAUGGAUACUUGCGUUGUUUCUGCUUCUUGGCUAUUAUGAAUAUUACUACUAUGAAAAUUUGUGUACAAGUUUUUAUGUGGACCUAAAUUUUCAUUUCUCUUGGUUGUAUCUUUUAAGCAUCUUAUGGUUUUAAUUCUUAUAUUUAGGUCUUUGACCCAUUUUUGCAUGUGGUGCAUUGUAGGGAUCCAGUUUCAUCCUUUUGGUAUGUGGAUAUCUAGUCAUAUAAGCAACAACUGUUGAAAAGACUAUUAUUUCCUCAUGAAUGGUCUUGGCACCCUUGUCAAAAAACAAUUGACCGUAAAUAUAAGAUUUUUGGACUCUCAAUUUUAUUCCAUUGUUCUGUAUGUCUAUCCUUAUGCCAGUUACCACAGUGUUUGGAUUACUAUAGCUUUAUAGUAAGUUUUGAAUUUGGGAUGUAUGAGUUCUCUUACUCUGUUCUAUUUCAAGAUCAUUUUGUUUUAUUCUGGGUCCCUUGUAUUCCACAUGAAUUUUAGGAUCAACAUGUUAAUUUCUGCAAAACAAGUACCUGGGAUUUUGGUAGUGAUUGUGUUGAAUAUAUAGAUCAGUUUGAGGAAUGUUGCUAUUUUAACAGUAUUAAAUUUUUCAAUUCAUGAAUGUGGAGUGUCUUUCCAUUUGUUUAGGUCUUUAGUUUCUUUCAAUGAUGUUUUAUAGAUUUCAGUGUAUACGUCUUGACCUCUUUGGUUAAAAUAUUUCUGAGUAUUUUAUUCUUUUUAAUGCUAUUACAGAAUUGUUUUCUAAAUUUUGAUUUUUGGAUUAUUCAUUGCUAGUGUCUAGAAAUAUAAUUGAUUUUUAAGUAUUGAUCCUGUAUGCUGUAGCUAUUCUGAACUCAUUUAUUCUUUUUUUAAUUCCUUAGAAUUUUCUAUACACAAGAUCCUGUAUCUGUGAAUAGAAAUACUUUUACUUCCUUUCUAACCUGAAUUCUUUUUAUUUCUUUUUCUUGCCUAAGUGCCCUGGCUAGCACCUCUGUACAAGAUUGAAUAGGAGUGGCAAGAGUGGAAAUCUUUUUCUUGUUCCUGAUUUUAGGGGGAAAGCGUUCAGUCUUUCACCAUUAAGUAUGAUGUUAGCUGUGGGUUUUUCAUAGAUGCUUCAAGUUAAGGAAAUUCCCAUCUAUUACUAGUUUAUUGAGUGUUUUUAUCAAAAAAAAAAGAUAUUGGAAUUUGUCAAAUGCUUCUUCUGUAUCUAUUAAGGUUGUCAUGUAGUUUUUGUCCUUUAUUCUAUUGAUAUGUUGUAUUACAUUGAUGGAUUUUUGUAUAUUGAACCAACCUUGCAUUCCUGGAAUAAUCCCACUUGUCUAUGCUACAUAAACCAUUUUCUAUGCUGCUGGA